CUUUCUCUGCUCUUUUGAUCAUAUUUUUUUGGUGUGCUCUUUCUCUCUCAGGCAUAUUCACAAACACAUUUCCUCCUCAAAACUUUUCCCUGUAAACAACUACCAUGGGAAGACCUCGACAGCGAUACCGCGGCGUCCGUCAAAGACAUUGGGGAUCUUGGGUCUCCGAAAUUCGACAUCCCGUCUUGAAGACUAGGAUAUGGCUAGGCACAUUCGAAACAGCAGAGGAUGCCGCAACGGCAUACGACGAGGCUGCAAGGCUAAUGUGCGGUCCGAAAGCUCGAACCAAUUUCCCAUACAAUCCCAAUGAUCCUCAAUCUUCUUUGUCGAAGCUUCUCUCGGCUACCUUAGUAGCCAAGUUACAUAAAUGUCACAUUGCAGCACUUCAGUUGGCUAAAGCAAAUGCAGCAAAAGAGCCUUAUGCAUCACAAUGUCACCCUUUAACUCCCUGCCGUGGCAUUACCGUAAACAAUGCGGAAACGGAUGACCGACGGCAGCCGGAGAACAAAUGGGAUGCGGUAGAAAGUCCGGUGGGGAGUGAACAACAAUUUAUUCCACUAGAAGAUGAUGAUAUAGACCAGAUGAUAGAGGAGUUGCUUGAUUAUGGGUCUAUUGAACUUUGCUCUGGUAGUUCUAGUUAAAGGUCUAGUAUCUGUAUGCAUUUCUCCAAAUGUUAAUGCAGCUUCCUUUUCCUUCAAUUUCUCUAGUUC